AUGGCGGCACCUGAAAGCCUUCGAAUCUUGGACCUCUGCGCCGAGUACGGCAGAGCAAGUUUUCUCAAAGGCAUCUCCGCAUGUCUGGGCAACACCGCCGUCCCAUCGCCCGUCUGCCCCGACGAGGUGCCUAUAGGGUUCCAAGCCGAGCUGCGCGUCGUGGCCCAGCGAUGCAUCGAAGCUGUGACCAAUCGGCGCUCUGUUCGUUGGAGUGCCAGAACUUACGCUGCGAGCAUCGGCACCCAAAGCGGUGACGAACCAGACUUUGAAGCUGUCUUGCAGGAACGAUACCCGCCUUUGGAUGGCAUACCUCCUACGAACGAACCCCUUUCCAUUGUCGACGAAGAGGAUGUCAUUUUGUUUUGCAUGACGACCACUCCUUUAUGGGCUGAUGAACCACAGGCUAUCGUCGCCAGUACGAUCUCCCUGGCCUCCGCAGCUAUUGCUGCGCACCCGCCGAAACCAGACAACGAGGGAAAGACCUCGCGGUGGAGACAUUCUCGGUAUCUCUACGCCAAGGAGGCGGAUCUGGUGUUUGGGCGGGGACAAAUCACCCUGUCACCGGGCUGGCUGGCUCAGGCGCAACAGGGCUACAACGACACUCUAUAUGUCUCUCGCGAUCUCGCAGCUCGCCCGGAUCGGGUCGACAACGCUGCCCAAAUCAGUGCACAGGCGUGGUUGGGUGCCAAUUUCGAGACCGGUUUGCUGUUAUCAACGGCUCUUGCCAUCGUCCAUCCAGCGCAAUACCGAGAGACGAGGCAAGCCUUGGGGUAUCUGUCGACUCUCCCGGACUUCCGUCGUCAUACGGACGACUGGACCUUCGCUUUCAACGCCGUCACCUUGAUUUGCAAUCGCCUGACGCCCUUGCAUCGGGACCGAGCGAGCGGGGGAAUAGAGUUCUACGACUUGCUUUUAUCCAUCGGCGGGGGACCGCGCGCAGUGCUCUCGCUUCCCGGCCUGGGUAUCUGCGUGCAGUACGAUUCUGGAGCCGCUGCGCUAUUCUCUGGUAACCAGCAUUUGCACGAAGUCUGGGGGUUUCAGGAAGAGCGGGCCUGCGUCGCCUGCUACGCACGACCGGCGGUGAUACGUUGGCUGGGUGCCAAGCAUCCCCCCCUUCCCUCUGGGUCCAAUGUGCUGCCAGACGGCCGGUGGCAAACCUUUCUCAACGUGGCGUAG